GGUGGGUUUUGUCAAUCCAAUGAGUUUCAGUGCGAAUGAAGAUGAAAUCAAAAGCUUUGGGGUUUAUAAAAUAAUCCCCAAAAAUGGGGGGAAAACACGAGUGGCGGAAGAGAGAUAAAAAGGGGCGAGAAGAAACGGUCUUGGUGAGAGAAAAGGGAUGGGAUUUGCCAUUUGUUGUACUUGGGGGAACUGUUCCCUUUCUCAAACCUUUCUUGCUUUCAUGGCUCGGUGACCAACCCUGAAGAAGCUACUGCAGAUGACGACGAUGAUGAUGAUGAUGCGCAGGGAAAUCGCUGCUCCGAUUCUCCCUUCGACUUCCCUCAAAUCGGUGCCAUACCCAUUUCCAUUUUGAAAUCUCUUAACCCUAAUUCGAUUCUUGAUUCCAUUUGCAUGUUGAUGCUGUAUGCAUUUUUGAUUUAGCUAGAAAUGGAUGAAUGUGGGGAGAGAUGAGAUUCAUGCGGUUCUUGACAAUUGGCCGUAUGAGAUUUCUGCAAAUGGGUCCUGUCUUUUGAAGUAGUGUUUACAUAAAGUGGAUAAGUGAGGGUUGUUAGCUUAAGAAGGCUUCUGAUCCAUUCUUAUGGAUUUCCAGGAUGAUGGCUUUGAGGGAUCUCCAAAUGAAGAGAUUAUCUUUAAGGAAGUUUUCUUUGGGAACGGUGCUAGUCGUUCCAAUGAGAGGUGUCCUCGCGAUGCAUUUGGUUAUGAACAUGGGCUUUGUAAGAUUAAUGAUGCAUCUUUAUGUUCAAGUAGUGAACUCUCGACGGUGUCCAGUCAUUUAUACUCGAGGAAUAUAAAGCUCGAUGAAUGUUACAAUGCUACUGAGAAUAUUAGGACGAGUUCUGCUCCUAAUAGUUUUCCAUGCAAAUGGAUUCCAGUGGAAGGAAAUGAUGAGAAUGCAUGUGUCAAACGAAUGAAACGUUCACCUGAUGAACGUUCUGAUUCUGUACCUGAGCUAGUUAUGGUUAUGAAAUCAUCAGAUAUUAGAGGAGAACCUGUUUCCACUAGUUGCUGUCCGGCUGAGGUUUGUGAUUCUGAAUCAUUUACGUUUCACAUUGUAGAAUCGUCUAGACGGGGUAUUAUUUCAAGUUGCUAUCUGCUAAAGCACUUUGUAGAAAGAGACAGUAACCGGGGUGAACCCGAUGCCUCCAAACGAACAUCGUUAAAUUUAGAAGGUAAUGAUGAACCGAGUAUGGUGGAUAAAGUUAGUGCUUCGCCUGUUUCCCAAGAGAGCUCCAUGACCAGGCUGUUGGUUGCAAGUCCUUCUAAUAACGAGCAGUUCGGAUCUCCACUACAACUGGUGGUAGGACAAAUGAAACUUCAAUGUCCAGAACUGGACACUUCGUUGAUGACAGAUUUGAAAAGAGAUCCCCGUCCUCUUCUCCACUAUCAUGUCGUUCACCUAUUUAUUGCAGCUGGAUGGUCUAUCGAAAGGGUCAAAAGACCUUGUAGGCGUUAUAUGGAAACAGUUUAUAGAUCACCCCAGGGAAGGACGAUUCGUGAAUUUUCCAAGGCUUGGAGGGUUUGUGGUGAACUCCUCUUUGCUGAUAGAUGUAGUUUCGUUAAGGAAGUUGGCAGCAAGGAAUGGACUGGCAUUCAUCAAUUCUUGUUUGAUCUUUCUGACACGUUGUUACAGGUCGGGAAGGAAAUGAAUCAAUUAGGAGGUACAACUUCAUUGGCUCAUUGCUGGGUUAUUCUAGAUCCCUAUGUGGUAGUUGUGUUCAUUUACCGAAAGAUCGGUACACUUAGGAAGGGAGAUUUAGUUAGAGCUACUUGUAGUAUUGGGGUUAAUGGGAACAAUAAGACCGAUACUUUUGUGACAUUAACAAAUGAAGAUAGUAGUAUUUGUAGUCUAUCUGCUGACAAAAGUGCAUCACCGCUACGUGAACAAUCACCAUCUGCCAAGAGUGCAUUGACAGAAGCCGUGUUAAAAGAUCUUGAUGGAGGCAAUUGUGCUUUUGAUGAACAAACCUGUGAUACAAUUUUCUCGAAUUACUACGGGCAUACAGAAGAUGGAACAAUGAAACUUUCGACAAGGGUGUCUAAUUAUGUCCCCAGUUUGGCGAAUGUUCCAAAUUGCACGGGCAGUCAUUGCAAUGAAACUGGAUGCAAGAUAGACAGUGAGGAUUUAACUUGCAAACCUAGAUGUCUGGCGGACUGUCCUGUUCCAUCUGGAAAUUCAGACAAUGUUGUCAGAAUUUCUGGCACUACAUCUCCUGAUGAGGAUAGUACAUUGCAUUGUUUGGAUGAACACAGCUCUGAAAAUCAAGUUGAAAAGCCUAAUGAAUUGGUGAAAAAUGUACUAACAUGUUCCCUAGGAGAAGAAAAAAAAGUGGAAGUCCCACUCGAUGAUAAGGCGGAAAAUAGUUUGGAAGAAUCUCUGAAUGACUAUUCAAACUAUACAAGUGAUGACCUAUCCCAUUCUUGUGCCUCAGGGGUUGUAGAGAAGUCGACACAAAAUGAAGAAGGUGGGCUGCACUUUUCAGCGUCAAAGUUCAAAACAGAGAAUAAAGUUUCUGCCAUACAUUCUACUUUGAAGAAGAAAGGGCGUCGAAAAUGUAAAAAGAUAUCUGAAAUUAACCCUACCUUGCCACCGCAGAUCAAUAUUGUGAGUACGACUCCAGGAAAGAAAACUGAUUGCACUCAGUUGGACAUGAUAGAAGACCAGAAGUCCCAUAUAGCUGAUACUAAAAACGUGGACAGUCAUGAGAAGAGCUCGUUUCUCAGUCCUAUUUCAUGCCAUUCUGAGAGGAAAGGUUCAAAGUUCAAAAAGAAAUUUGACAGUCUUAGAGGUUCAAAAACCAGAAAGAAGAAAUUGAAUGAAUGUCAAAUUGAAGAUGACGACCUAUUAGUUUCGGCCAUAAUUAGAAACAAAGAUGUCAACUCAAGCGCUAUCGGAUUUUCCCAUAUAAGAAAAUACUUAAAAUCUAGAGCAAAAAUGAACUGCAAAAGUCAAAAGAGGAGUUGUAAGUUACUCCUAAGAAGCUUGGGUAAUGGGGAAAAGAAUUAUAAAGAUGGCAAGUGGUAUGCGAUUGGGGCUAGAACAGUAUUGUCAUGGUUGCUAGAUGCUGGGGUUAUAUCCUCAAAUGAUAUAAUCCAAUACCAAAGCCCCAAGGAUGACAGUGUGGUUAAAUAUGGUAGAAUCACUGGAGACGGCAUCAUCUGCAAUUGCUGCAGUGAGCUACUCACAAUAUCUGAAUUUAAAUGUCAUGCCGGUUUCAAAUUUAAUCGCCCAUGUUUGAAUCUUUUCUUGGACUCUGGGAGGCCUUUCAUGUUGUGCCAGCUUCAGGCCUGGUCAACUGAGUAUAAGACAAGGACAAGUAAAACCCGAACAGUUCAAGUUGAUGAAGAUGAUCGAAAUGAUGAUUCAUGUGGGAUUUGUGGCGAUGGUGGAGAGCUAAUAUGCUGUGAUAAUUGCCCCUCCACAUUCCAUCAUUCUUGUUUGUCAAUUCAGGAACUCCCUGAAGGCAACUGGUAUUGUUUAAACUGUACUUGCCGGACAUGUGGUGGUCUGGUGAAUUAUGAAGAGACUUCAAGUUCUUCUGAUGCACUAAAAUGUUCCCAGUGCGAGCAAAAGUAUCAUGGGCAAUGCCUGAAACAAAAAGACAUCGAUCCGGGAGUAGGAUCUCAUCUUUGGUUUUGUAGCGCGAGUUGCCAGAAGAUUUACGCUGGUCUUCAAUCACGACUUGGAUUGAUUAAUCAGUUUGCAAACGGGUUUUCAUGGAUGCUUCUUAGAUGCAUUCAUAAUGAACAGAAAAUUCUGUCUACCUCACGCUUAGCUAUGAUGGCAGAGUGCAAUUCCAGAUUAGUAGUGGCUCUUACCAUCAUGGAGGAAUGCUUUUUAUCCAUGGUAGAUCCAAGAACAGGAAUUGAUAUGAUACCACAUCUGGUGUACAGCUGGAAGUCUAGUUUUCCUCGUCUCGACUUUCAUGGAUUUUACACCGUAAUACUAGAGAAAGAUGAUGUGCUGCUAUGUGUAGCUUCUAUCAGGGUACAUGGAUCAGAACUGGCCGAGAUGCCCCUGAUUGCAACGUGUAGUAAAUAUCGUCGCCAGGGAAUGUGUAGGCGCCUACUGAAUGCUAUAGAAGAGAUGCUAUUGUCUUUUAAGGUGAAAAAGCUUGUGAUAGCUGCAAUUCCUAGUCUAGUAGAGACAUGGACUGAAGGUUUUGGGUUCAUACCUGUGGAAGAUGAUGAGAAACAUAGUCUUCACAGGUUCAAUUUGAUGGUGUUUCCUGGAACAUUACUACUAAAAAAGGCCUUGUAUGUAAGUGGCCAAAAUACAGAGACAACACAAGGAAUUCGUUCAGGAGUACAACUCGACACCGAUUCGAAACAAGAAUGUGAUUCUGAAAAAGCAUGUUCUAGAACGGAAAUGAAACGUUUAAUGUAUCAAGAAUUGCAAGAACAGAAUGGUGAAAAGACGAUGGACGAUUGCGAAGGGAAUCCAGCUCCGAUGAGUCCAUCGACAACAACAAAUGAAAUGGAUACUUGUUCAGGACAGAAAUCUAUUCAGUCUGUACAAGAACAAUCUGAUGGAAAGUGUUGCACUGACGAAGUUGGUGCAGCAAGCGAAACACACAUCCACGAGGGGAAUGAAUCGUUAGAAGUAGAAGUCGUUGGCACGGAACGUGACGUUCAGCUUUCAGAAGGAAAGAGCUGGGAUGGAGUUCGUGCAGUCGGUAUGACGGGAUUUGUAGAACCUGGUGUUCAAACUUUUAGGUAAAAACAAGGUUAGAGAGAGAGAGAGAGGAGUAGAGUUAAAAGAGGAAAGGAGUUUGCAGGACCAUUUUUGAAAGCUGUCCAGUGAACAUGAAUUUUCUAAGAUGGGGAGUGAAUGACCAAGUUUGGUUUUUUUGAAGGUAGGAUAGGAUCAUCAGGUUAUGUAUGUAUGUAUGUAUGUAUGUAUGUAUGAUGAAGCAUAUCUUUUUGUAGCUUGAAAACAGCAUCAUCAUUAAGAGAGAUCAAAUCUGAUCAUCCUAUAUAAACAAAACUGUUUUCCUUGCA